AUGGGAAAGAAGAAACCAGAUAGUUUUUUAAGUUAAAUGUCUAAGUUGUUUAAUGGUGAGAAAAUCGUUAAAUUAACAAUUAAGAGAAAUUUGAAAGAACAAUAUCCACAACUUCGAAAGAGAUUGAGAAGAAAAUAGAAGUAGCAAUUAUUAAAUGAAAUCAAAACUGCCAAUGAUGUUAAUGAAAUCAUCAUUAGGUCAUAAACCCAGAAAUUAACAAUUUCCACAUCUUCAAAUAAAUAGUAAAUCAAUAAAUUUGCAGAUUCGUUGUCGAACAUAUAUCGCUUAUAUUGCCAUGAUCAAUAGAAAUAAACUAAAAAAAAACCUGUGCCAUUGGCAACUCAACCCAAUCAAAAAUCUAAGACUCAAUAGAGAUUGAAAGCCAAGAAACUGAGAAACAAAGAAAGAAGAUAAAAAAGAAAUGAAUUAUCAAAAUUAAAGAAAAAGGAUUUGCAGAGACAAAAAACAUUUGCAAGCAAAAAAAGAGAGGAUUAAUAAUAAUGAUAUAUAUAUAUAUACGAUUUAGUACGUGUUUAAUUAAUAUUGUAUGU